AUGGCGACGCCCACGGGCAACGAGGCCAAUCUCAUCGGCAAAAGGCUCAAUGUCCUUGUCUACUCCGGUUCGCUCACUCAUUCCGCUUGGCAGCUGAGCCGUUUUCUGACCGACACUGGCCCGACAGGAACCGGAACUACUGUUGACUCAGUCCGACACACCCUCUACACCCUCCGCCGUCUACUUGCUCCCCAUUAUGCCGUUACUCCAGUAACGGGUGAUAUGCUUCUUAAGGAGCCAUGGUCGGCUACAUGCGCCCUGCUGGUAAUCCCCGGCGGUGCCGAUCAGGGAUACGGCCGUACACUGAAUGGUGCGGGCAACCGGCGCAUCACCCAAUUCGUGCGCCGGGGCGGGAAAUACCUCGGUUUGUGCGCGGGUGGCUACUAUGGUUGCAAAAAGUGUGAAUUCGAGGUUGGUGAUAAGACUUUGGAGGUCAUUGGCGACCGGGAACUUGCUUUCUUCCCUGGUACCUGCCGUGGCGGGGCGUUCCCUGGCUUCGUCUACCACAGCGAGGCGGGUGCACGAGCGGCACAUCUGGACGUAUCGAAGGAGGCAUUGAGCACCGAGAAUUCACCGACGCACUUCCGAUCAUACUAUAAUGGCGGUGGUGUUUUUGUGGAUGCAGCCAAAUUCAAGGACCAGGGUGUUGAAGUGCUAGCCAACUACUCUGAGAAGCUCAAUGUUGAUGCGGGCGAGGGCGCAGCAGCUGUCGUUUACUGUAAAGUUGGCGAUGGAGCGGCUAUAUUGACUGGACCGCACCCGGAAUUUGCUGCAGUGAACCUGGACCCGAAGGCCGAUGGACCUGAGUAUAAGGACCUUGUUGACGCACUUGCUGCCGAUGACAAGGAGCGUACAGACUUCUUGAAGGCUUGUUUGUCUAAACUCGGACUGCAAGUUGCGCAAGAGACAGCACAUGUGCCUUCCCUAUCGUCGUUGCAUGUCUCUGGUCUUGAUGCCAAUGAAACCAUGGAAAUAUUGGCGUGCCUAGCACCAGCAUUGACCAAUGAAAAUCAAAGCGAGUAUCUGAAAGAUGAAAACGACACCUUUCGAAUUGAGCGUCCAGGUACAUGGAACCUGGGCGACUUGGAGGAGUCGCUUCCCACCAAUUCUUCUGCGUCGAGUGACGGUAUUAUUGAUUACCAGCAAAUCAUCAAGAGACUUGUGUUCCAUGAUGAUCUACCGUCCUCUAAGCUCACUCCUAACUUCAAUCAUCAUGCAUUCUACUCAAACCUUCGGCAGUAUCAAUCUGAAUCGAAAGAGGGUGCUUCGCAAUUUGGCUCUAACUUAAUGUAUGGCGAGGUGGUGACAAGUACCAACACAAUCUUGGAAAAGAAUACUCAACUGCUUCGUCGCUUACCUCAGGGCUUUACUGCUACCGCCACUGUCCAGGUUGCUGGGCGUGGAAGAGGCUCCAACGUCUGGAUCUCACCAGCAGGCUGCCUAAUCUUCUCAACAGUCGUCCGGCAUCCGAUGGAGAAAAUGCAAUCCGCUCCCGUGGUUUUCCUGCAAUAUCUAGCAGCCAUGGCUGUAGUGAAGGGUAUCAAGAGUUACGCCAAGGGAUAUGAGAAGAUUCCUGUAAAGAUGAAGUGGCCCAAUGAUAUCUAUGCCCUCGACCCUGAGGAUCCCGAACAAAAGCGAUACACCAAGAUUUGUGGUAUCCUCAUCAAUUCCCAUUUCAUGUCAAACGAAUACAUCUCCGUCGUCGGCAUCGGUCUCAAUGCCACAAACGCGUCCCCUACCACAGCCCUGACAUCUCUUGCAGCGCGCUAUGCUACUCCCGGCGCUGCCACUACCUCGCCUGUAACGCUCGAGAAGCUUCUGGCCCGGGUUCUUACAACUUUCGAGGAUCUGUAUACCCGGUUCCUGCGCGUCGGCUUUGAUCGCGGCUUUGAGGCUAUGUACUACGAAGACUGGCUUCACAUGCACCAAAUCGUCACACUCGAGGAGGAAGGCGGUGCUCGUGCGCGCAUCCAAGGCAUCACUCGGGAUUAUGGACUCUUGCUUGCGGAGGAAAUGGGCUGGAAUGACCGACCAACUGGACGGGUGUGGCAGUUGCAGAGUGACAGCAACAGCUUUGACUUCUUCCGUGGUUUACUAAAGCGGAAGAUUUAA